AUGAACAAGACUACCACUACUACUAUUACUACUACAGCCGCAGUGAUAAUGGACUGCGAGAGAAUAUUGGACGAUAUAUGUGGUGGCGCAGUGGCCGCUGCAGCUUCCACACCUUCCAUCGUGAAGCAACGAGAGAAUACCAACAACCACAACAUGGACGAUGAACAGGACAGCGUAUCAUCAAACUCAUCUGGCGAGGAUGUCACACUGUCAGUGUCAUCGGACAAUGACGACGACAAUAAUAUCGAUCACAACAAUGAUGCCGACGACCAUCAAGUGCGCGCUAUUAGCAACGCCAAUGAUCUCAGUGACCAACAACUAUUAACCAAUAGCAAUGACAAGGACAUUGCCGACGCCAUUGAGAUACAAGAGGCACAACAAGAACUCAUCAGACAAAGUCUAUUGGAUCUGGAGGCAAAGACACCAAAGAAGACCAGCGCCCCAAUGACUGCAUCAAUUAUAGCAAAUCGUGAGGAGGUCAUGAAGCAAGAAAAGCUGGAUCAGGAGAUCGUACCUCCUGUGGUACAAACAGAUCAUGAUGAGGCCAAGUUCUUUGCAUCACAAUCCGUGAACAACAACAACAACAAUACACUAUCAGCAACGACAUCUUCAUCUUCAUCAUUGGCUCGCAUGUCAAUCGACAACAGUGCUUCGUUGUCCACAGAGAACAUCUUCUCGAUCAUCAAGGAGAUUGAAGACGCCGUCAACAACUGCAAUGCAUCAUCCACGUUGCGUACAUGCAAGGAGGCAACCGCCGUCACCAGACUCAACAGGAGCUCAUCCAUUACACAGACCACAUCAACGACCGCAACAACUAUCAACCUGAUUCCAGCUCUGCCACUGCCACACACACAACCAAUCACUCAACCACAGCCACAGUCACCCAAGCUCGUACACCAACAACUACAACAGCAAUUGGAAGUAUCCAAUCGCAAGAUGUCCAUAUCAGCAAUCUCAAUGCCAAACACACCGACACCCGUUCAUGCCAACCAGACUGCCCCUGCCAUUGUGCUGUCAGCCUCAACACCAUCACUGCCACAGAGCAUCAAGACGUUAACUACCACCACUACUACGACUACCACUACCACCAUGACCACAACAAUCUCUACCAAUGAUAUAUUAGAAAGACAGAACAACAACAAUGCUACCACAAGCAGUAGCAUGGGAAGUCUUGGUAGCAGUAGUAGUGGUAGUGUUGGCAACCUCAACAGCAGCACCACCAUCAAGGACAAACAGAUCGCAGGACUCAGUGACUCUGCAUACCACAACACUUCAGUAUCCAAAUCAUCCAAGCACAGACUAUUCAAGUUCAAGAUAAAGGGACGCAACAACAUCACUGCCUCUGAGUCUCUGCCACCUCUCACAAGCGAGCCCUCCACGGCAAGCUCACCAGAGAAGAAGGAGAAGAAGAAGUGGUCACUCUCGCUUCGCAGGAAGAAGAGUAAGAAGCAUCCAAAGAUACCAGAGAUGGAGGAGGAGGAAGUGGAUGAUGGACAUCAGGAUGAAACCACAAUCGUACUGGAAGAGCCAAGUGAUAUGUGUCUGGAGUCUACCGACAUUGCAAUUCCCAUGACAACUACCUCGCCAAACCUCAUUGCCGACAUCCCCAACAUACUCUCUGCCUCGGUGCCAAUCUCUGAGAGCCCUCUUCAGUUCUUCCUGGACGCAGAGACCAACAACAAGGGCAACAGUUUUGGAGGUGGCAAGGGAAUACUGGAGACACUGGCCGAAGAAGAUGACGACGCACCACGUGGAGGACGAGGAAGAAGCAAUGCUUUCUACAUGAAGGGUCCACCCGUGAUGGUCAACGGAGAGAUUCAGCUGCCACCACCAAUCACCACGACAACAAUGACCACCACGACAACCACAACACUGGCUGGAUCUACCAUUCCAAAGGCCCGCAUACAAAGCUUCGAGGUGAAGGCCUUGCCAAAGGAGUCUUCCAAUCUCAUGUCCAAGCCAGUUGGAUUGCUGAGCAAGUUCAAGAAGAGUCCCGCCAAAACUGGUGCCAUGCUUCGUGUCGUCAGACAUCAUUCGUCUCGUUUCAUGGUUGGCUUUGCAGACACAAUUGGUCGUCGCCCACAUAUGGAGGACGACGCCGUCAUCUAUGGAACGUUCAGAGGCAGAUCGGACGAAGAUUACUUUGCCCUGUUUGAUGGUCACGGAGGAUCUGUCACGGCAGAGCUCGCUGCCAAUGAGAUGCACAAGGUACUGGCAGAGAAGCUCAAGACCAACAGCAAUAACCCUGUCAAGUCACUGAGGGAGGCGUUCCUCGGUGUCCACCAGAUGAUCGGACAGAAGAACCUCAGAGGUGGAACGACUGCCUUGGUUGUCCUGUUCCUUGGCAAGAAGGGUUACGUCGCCAACUGUGGAGAUACUCGUGCCGUUCUCUGUAGAGAAGGAGUGGCGCUGCGUGUUUCCAACGACCACAAGCCAAACGAUCCCAAAGAAGAGGAAAGAAUCAAGAGUCUUGGUGGCAGUGUCAUAACAACAGUGAACUCGUCAGGUAUCAGCAUGAGCAGAAACCAGUUCAUGAUCAUCGCCUGUGAUGGUCUGUGGGAUGUGAUGACAGAUGAGGAGGCAAUGAACGUUGUAUCUCCAAUUGAUGAUCCAGAGAAGGCAUGCAUGAGACUGCGAGACCAAGCAUUUGCCAGAGGCAGCACAGAUAACAUAUCGGUGAUGGUCAUAAGGUUCCCUCCAUUUGACUUGUAA